CCACUUUCUUAUCAAUCACCAUAAUACCUUCUUCUCAUUGCUUUUCACACCCCCCUCCCUUUUUUCUUUUUUUUUGCAACUCAAAAAAUGCCUCCUGUGUUGCCUGAUUUUUCUAGCUCAGUUAAGCUAAAGUAUGUGAAACUUGGUUACCAAUAUCUUGUUAAUCACAUUAUAACACUCACUCUUAUUCCCAUCAUGCUUGGUGUUUCAAUUGAACUUAUACGUUUAGGUCCUGAUGAAAUAAUCAACCUAUGGAACUCUCUAAACAUUAAUCUUGUUCAAAUCCUCUGUUCUUGUUUUCUUGUUAUUUUCAUAUCCACUGUUUACUUCAUGUCAAAACCACGCACAAUCUACUUAGUUGAUUAUGCUUGUUUCAAACCACCUGUUACUUGUCGUGUUCCUUUUGCUACUUUCAUGGAACAUUCAAGACUCAUCCUUAAAAACAACCCUAAAAGUGUCGAAUUUCAAAUGAGGAUUCUUGAACGUUCUGGUCUUGGUGAAGAAACAAGUCUCCCACCUGCUAUUCAUUAUAUACCACCAAAACCAACCAUGGAAUCUGCAAGAGGUGAAGCUGAACUUGUUAUAUUCUCAGCUAUGGAUUCUUUGUUAAACAAAACAGGUCUUAAACCAAAAGACAUAGACAUACUCAUAAUAAAUUGUAGUCUUUUUUCUCCAACACCUUCUUUGUCAGCUAUGGUUAUAAACAAAUACAAAUUAAGAAGUAACAUAAAAAGUUUCAAUCUUUCUGGUAUGGGUUGUAGCGCAGGACUAAUUUCCAUCGAUUUAGCGCGCGAUCUUCUUCAAGUUCAUCCGAAUUCAAACGCCAUAGUUGUUAGUACUGAAAUUAUAACACCAAAUUAUUAUAAAGGAAAUGAAAGAGCUAUGCUUUUACCAAAUUGUUUGUUUAGAAUGGGUGGUGCUGCUAUUCUAUUAUCAAACAGAGGGUCAGAAUCGAAAAGAGCAAAAUACAGAUUAGUUCAUGUUGUUAGAACACACAAAGGAGGAGAUGAUAAAGCUUUUCGAUGUGUUUUUGAAGAAGAAGAUAAAGAAGGUAAAGUUGGGAUUUCACUUUCAAAAGAUCUUAUGGCAAUUGCAGGUGAAGCUCUUAAAUCAAAUAUAACAACAAUGGGUCCACUUGUUUUACCAGCUUCAGAACAGUUACUUUUUCUUUUAACACUCAUUGGUAGAAAAAUCUUUAAUCCUAAAUGGAAACCAUAUAUUCCUGAUUUCAAACAAGCUUUUGAACAUUUUUGUAUACAUGCUGGUGGUCGUGCUGUGAUUGAUGAGUUACAGAAGAAUCUUCAACUUUCAGCUGAACAUGUGGAAGCAUCAAGGAUGACACUUCAUAGAUUUGGAAACACAUCUUCUUCAUCAUUAUGGUAUGAACUCAACUACAUUGAAUCCAAAGGAAGGAUGAAGAAAGGAGACAGAGUAUGGCAGAUAGCAUUUGGCAGUGGUUUUAAAUGCAACAGUGCUGUUUGGAAAUGUAACAGAACCAUUAAAACACCUGUUGAUGGAGCUUGGUCAGAUUGUAUUCAUCGUUAUCCUGUUCAUAUUCCUGAGAUUGUUAAACUCUAAUUUUAUAUUUCGUUUCUACUCAUGCUCCCUUUUCUUGCUCUUUCUAUGUUGUAGCCCUACCAUAAUUCUCAUUAUCCCACUUUUCUUUUUUCUUUUGUUAUAUCAUCAUAUAAAUAUAUAUUUAUGUUUUUUUUCUCUUCAUUUCCAAACAAAUAGUAUAUGGUAGGCUUUCUCAUAGAAAUUACUAUUUGGGCUUCUAUGUAUUGCAUCAACAUUGUGCAGCAUGCGAAGGAAAUGCAUACAACUCCAGUUUCUAAUUAAUUUAUGCUUGCUUGAAUUAGGACUUCAAUGUAACAAAUGCUUUGAUGUUAGAAUCAAACUUUAGGAGUUGUUUCUUUUCA